AUGCCGGAUUCGUGUGCUGCGUACAACAGCACGAAUAGGAGAGUGAAAUCAAGUGACGGAACCACGUUGUCAUUUCACAAGUAAGUUAAAAAACUGAAUAAACGGUGCUUUUUUAUUCAAGAAAAAAUUAAUGUGAUGGUAAAAAACUAUGUGAUCACUGAUGUAUGACAAAUUUGGCCAUAAUAUCUCCAUUAUUGAUAAUUCUUAAAAAAGGAAAAUACAGAGAACUGCUGUAUGUUGAUGGGUGGGGGCCAGUCAGGGAUGGCGCUACCGGAGGGUGUGGGGGGAUGUAACCCCUCCCCCCCCCCAAAAGUUGGUCAAAAUGGAACUGGUAUUUGCUCAAAGUUGGUCAACAUGGAACUAAUAUUUGCUAAAAAUUGAAGGUCAAAGUCGGUAAAUUGUGGUGAAAAAUUGGCAAGCCUUGCUUGUUUUGGUCAAUUUUUUUUUUAAAUAUGCUUAUAUUAGUCUGGAAAAAUUUCUAAGUAAUUUUCUAACCGUUUCUACUUAUGCCCUGAUAAAAAAUUUCUUAUCAGAAAAAACAUCUGUAUUAUUUUAAUUAUAAUUGUGGUAAAGUGAUAGUAGAAUGCAUUUGAGUUAAUGCAACCACUGGUUUUACUAUAGAUUUCCUUUGAAAAACACCAGCUUGUUAAAUAGUUGGGUGAUGGGCAUGAAACGGGAUCAGUGGAAACCAUCUAAAUAUUCUGUCUUGUGUGAGAAACACUUCACACUAGAUGAUUAUGUGAUGGGUGCUAUACCAACAAGCUCAAGAAGUAUUUAAAGCCAGAUGCUGUCCCCUCCGUUUUUUAUUUUCCGCCACACCUUGAAAAGGAAACUAACCCACGAAAAUGUUCCAUGAAGAGAAAAGCAGCCAGUACCGGUGCAGUCCGAGAUGUUCCUAACAAGAAAUCUAAAAGGAAAUUUCAGCCAGUUGGUCAUGACCACAUCUACUGCACGUCUCCUAGUAAGGUUAUUCCAAAAAUGAAGAAGUUCCUAGAAAAUAAAAGAAAAAAAGAUCAAGAGCCUAUCUAAAAAAAGUCUUCGAAGGGAUAAAACCGUUAAGGGGUUACUGAAGAAGCUGCGAGAUCUGAAAUAUUUGUCAAAAGAACAAAGUGAAAAUUUGAUGUCAAACUUUGGUUACAUGACAAAGGAGCUAUUUAUAAAUUAACACAAAAAUAACCAAAAAUCGAAAGCCUCGCGGUACAGCGAGUCCAUCAAGCAAUUUGCAGUGUCAUUGUAUUUUUAUAGCCCAAGGAGCUACCGGUUUGUUAGAAAAUCACUUCACUUACCAUGUCCAGCAGCCAUAAGAUCAUGGGCAGCAGCCAUAGAUUGUGAGCCUGUUUUUUUUACUGAUGUCAUUGAUGAAUUGAAGAAUAACCUGGAUGAAGAUGAGAAAGAUUGUGCAAUAUUAGUGGAUGAAAUGUCUAUAAAAAAAGAAGUACUGUGGGAUGGAAAGAACAAAAAGUUUGCUGGCAACACAGAUUAUGGAUGUAUUUUAGCAGAGGAACAAGACAGUAUAGCAACUAAUGCCUUGGUUUUUAUGACAGUUGGACUUAAAAAGCCAUGGUUCAAUGGUAAAAUGCAAGCAAGCACAGUUAAUCAAAGAAGCAAUCAACUUACUGACUGA